GGACUGUGUAUAUGUAGUUAGGGGGGCGGGGGUAAUAGCCGCUUUGCCAAGAUGACACAUGCGCACACGAGCCACCGGCCCGCGAGGUGUAGGCGGCAAAUCAAGCCCCGCCCCCUUGUCUUCCCUCUCCUCUCCUCCCCAGUGGGCCCAGGCCCCGACCAGCUGUCUAGGUGUAGGCAGGCGGUAGGGGAGGGCAAGAAAGCCGCGACCUUUGAGAGACGGAUUGACUAGGGAUCUCGGUGACAUUGAGGCGGCUGCGGCGGGGGCUCAGAGACGAAGGAGUCCUCAUGAAUUCCUUUUUGGACCAUGUCCAUGAUCCUUUUUGCCUGUGUGGUACGGCUGAGAGAUGGAUUGCCCCUCUCCGCCUCCACAGACUUUCACCAUAACCAGGACUUUCUGGAAUGCAGAAAGCGGCUAAAAAUGCUGUCCUUAAUUCUGACACAGUUUCCAGGUCGAGGGACUGCAGAAGGACAUGACCUCAGUAUCCAUUUUGAUUCUUUUGGAGCUGUAGCCUGCAUGGGGAUCUGCUCCCGAAGUUACCCUGUGGCCAUGGCCUUCUGCUUUCUGGAGGCUCUUCGGUGGGAGUUCACAGCAUCCUAUGAUGACACCAGCAUAGGCUUGGCUUCCAGACCAUAUGCCUUUCUCAAAUUUGACAGUGUCAUUCAGAAAGUGAAAUGGCAUUUUAACUAUGCAAGCUCUUCUCAGCUGAAGAACCACCUGGAAAAGAUUCAGGAAGAACUGGCACUCCAGCCUCCACUGGUCAUGAGACUAGAGGACAUAGAAGUAAUGAAUGGGCUGAGAAACAGUCACUCACCCGUGCAGGUCGAAUAUGCUCCAAAUUACCGGAUGAAGCCAGUGACAGCUCUGGGGAUUCUGUCUCUUAUUCUAAACAUCAUGUGUGCUGCUUUGAAUCUUAUUCGAGGAAUUCAUCUAGCAGAGCAUUCCUUUCAGGAUGAUCCUGAGACAAUUGGCAGCAUAAUGGCGUUUCUUAUCCCUUUUGUAGCCUGCAUUUUUCAGUGUUAUCUGUACCUGUUCUACAGUUCCACAAGGCUUCUGAAGGUGGCCAUCAUCCUGUUCUUCAUUUGUCUGUGCAAUAUUUACCUGCAUGGACUAAGGAACCUCUGGCAAAUACUCUUCCACAUAGGAGUGGCUUUUCUGUCUUCCUAUCAGAUAUUGACGAGACAACUGAGAGACAAAGUGUUUGACAGUGGUGUUUGAGACCCUGGGGGCACCAAGGCUGGCACUGGCCUCUCUCCUUCCUUCCUUGGUGAGGAGGAAGGACAGGGGAAUGCACAAUUUUUCCUGUGGAAAGGGACUUACAGCCACUUGUCUGGUUUGGCCUUUCCCCUUUUCGUUUUGGGUCUUACCAAACUGGACAGAAGAACCGGAGGUUCAGACUUCGUCAUAACAGAUGUAAUAGAAGGGAAGAAGAGAGCUGCUGUGCAUCCCACACAUUCCAGGUGGAUACAGAGCAGAGGGAAGGCUCUCCCAUGCAGCUUGGCAUCUUAUUUGUAACAGUAAUAAUGACUUAAGUUUUUAUAGUGCUUCAGAGUUUACAACACCCUUUCCUCCAAGCAACCUUGUGAAAGGUAGUGUGCAAGGAUCAUUAUCCUGAUCUACAAAUCUUAGGAUUAGACAUUGAGAUCCGAUGCCAUCAUGGCCAACCCCUUCCUUUUACAGCUCAGGAAACUGAUGCACAGAGGUGAAGUGACUGGCCCACAGUCACAUGGCUAGGAACUGUUGGAACCUAGAUAUGAAUCCAGGUCUUCUGACUCUAAGUCUUGCCUCUUGAGCAGGAACACGUUUGUGAGAUGUCAUCUGGGAACUAGAAAUGGAACAAUUUUGGACUGGAAUCAUUGAAUCAAGAACUGAAAGGAUGUUUGUUAUUGUUGUUGUGCUAUGCAAUCAUUUGCUAGAGCUAGAGAUACUACUUUUGGGGGGCAGCUAGGUAGCUCAGUGGAUAAAACACUGGCCCUGGAUUCAGGAGGACCUGUGUUCAAAUCUGGCCUCAGACACUUGACACUUACUAGCUGUGUGACCCUGGGCAAGUCACUUAACUCUCAUUGCCCCACAAAAACAAACAAACAAAAAAGAGAGAGAUACUACUUUUGGAGAUUAAGUGUUUGCCUCAGAAGAACUACUUAUUUCUUAUUUAUACUUAUUAAUUCCUUAAUUCUUUUGAAUUAGCCAAAAGAUGAUGGCAGAUGUUUUUUAAAGGGUCUGUAGAUAGUUUUUAAAGUAUUUCCUUUAUAAUAAUCAGAAUAAAUUAUGAAAUUGAGCUCUAAUUGCAGUUUUUAAAAAACACAAGUUAGGGGCAGCUAGGUGAUACAAUGGAUAAAGCACUGGCCCUGGAUUCAGGAGGACCUUCAUUCAAAUCCAGCCUCAGACACUUGAUACUUACUAGCUGUGUGACCCUGGGCAAGUCACUUAACCCUCAUUGCCUUGCAAAAGAAGAAGAAGAAGGAAAAGGAGGAGGAAGAGGAGAAUCUAAUUUGAUUUUCUGGAAUUCUAAAAUUUAAGUUUCCAGUGCUGAAUAGUAUAGUAUAGCAUAGCCCAAAUUCACUUUUUUUUUUUUAAGUGAGGCAACUGGGGCCAAGUGACUUGCCCAGGGUCACACAGCUAGUAAGUGUUAAGUGUCUGAGGCCAGAUUUGAACUCAGGUACUCCUGACUUCAGGGCUGGUGCUCUAUCCACUGUGCCACCUAGCUGCCCCCCAAAUUCACUUUUAAUGCUCAUCUGGCAUGAGGAAAAAUAUGAGCUUUCUUAGUGUUUAGGGCUAUUGAUUUAAUUUUUUCUUUUUUCAUUUGGACCUACAUGAUGGUGAGAAAAUUAAAGAAGUUUUGGGUAAGCCAGUACCUAUUUGCAACUAUUUGUACUACAUGAAAGGCUAAUCUGUGACCAUGUCAUUUUAAAAUCAUUAAUAUUACAUAUGUUAAGCACAUUGAGAUGGACAGAUCCGAAUGAUUGCAAAAGUAUCAAGCACUUAUUAAUGUGCCAGGCACUAUGCUAAGCACUAAAUAGUUCAGGAAUUGCUCACUAGAUACGAUUUUUAGUUGGCCAGUAACUGAAUUAGAAAAAUUACGUUGACUCAGGAGCAUUGUACAAUAUUGAGAAGAGACGCAACAGAAAAGAAAAAUGAAUUAAAAUUAAAUAGGUCCAGAACAGUUGGUACAACUUUGUGUAGCUGAAACCCACCUGUCACAAGAAAUCAAAGUGUUUGGAGUGAAGCUGUUUGGUUGCAGAGAUGGGGCAGCAUCCUCAGAGGGCCCCCAUUGGCCGCACAGUCCACUGUUGAGCUCUGCAAGCUUAGGAACUUAAUAUCAUCAUCCCUUUCUUCUGUCAUUUCCCCUGUCCCCCCACCAUCCAACUUGGUCAGGUAAUAACUCAUAUUAACCAAACUCACAAGAGAUGAAUGAAUGAUAAAUCAGAACAUAAAGUUAUUCAUUUACCAUAGGAAGUCACUUUGAAGCAGGCUGGGUGAUUGAGAGACAGUUAGUAGUAUCUGUUAUUCCUUUGUGGAAACCCUACUAAGAAAACCAAGUUAAUAAUAGAACUUGGCUUGACUAGUUAGAGCCAGAACCAGGAGACAUUAGAAAUGUUAAAGGAUAUUUGUCCUCAAACUCUAAUGGUUGGAAACGGGCUCUAUUGCAUUGUAGACUGGAUACUUUGGCUGGAUGGUUCGGAUGCUUUCUCUCCUGAAGUGUUCUAGAUCAGAACUGAGAGAACUUUUUGGCUUUCCUCUUUUCUAGAUUCUGUGUAGACCUUGCCUUUCUCUUGUGACACCAUUGUCCUGAAUGUUACAAUGAGCUUGACCAAGUCCUAGUUAAUUUGACCUUAUUUCUUCUUCAGUUGGGUAUCUCCCCACGGUAGUUUUGGAAACCUUUUUAGCCUCAUCAUCAAAUACUAUUUCUUAAUUUAAGUUAGUUUAAAGGGUGGCUAAUAACGCAAUCCAUUUUGUAUUUAUUCCACUCUUCAACAGGUGUUUUUGUCACAUGGAAAUUUCUUGGUGUUUUAGAUGUACUUUUCGAUGAUGAAUUCAAAAAUGCCAAUGGAAUGCUCAGUUAUCAAAUGUCAAUUUUGAUAGAAAAUGUAACAUGAGGGAGUAAUAAAAUAUGAUUUGAUUGAGGGGGAAGAGGUGUGUAGGGCAGUUGGGAUAUGUUCUCAUAUAUGUUUAGUUAUGCAGUGAAACUCAACGUGUAACAGACUGUUCUGUGAGUUGUGUGUUCACUGUCAUUUGGUAAACAUCACUAUUUCCUAUUUGAUCAGAUAUUUAUAUUUUAUAGAGAUUGGUGUGCAUUUAAAAAAUUCCCAUUAUGUCUCCUAAGUUUGUCAAUCAUCUGAAUGAUUUUUAAGUGUGUGGUAAACUAACUUCUAAAUGUUAAAAAUAAGACUUUAUUUCUCUGAUCAGGAAAACAUAUGGAAGGAUUCUGUUGAUUGGUGAUCAGAACAAGACUUGAGCCUCUUACCUGUGCUCUGUCACUUGUGUUAGAUCACCAAGUGACUAAAUACAGAAAUCUUGUCAUGCGUCACUUAAAGUUCCUAGAAUUUGGGGAGAAUAAAAAGAGUAUUCAACAGAUUACUAUUUUUUGCUUAGCAAAUAAAUCAAGGAUCACCUCUAAAUCUAAACAUAAACUAUGCAGUAUCCAAAUCUACCACUAGCUCUCAAGACCUGAUUUACAUAGUGAAGAUCUACUCCUACCAAAACCACCAGACAAUUGGAAUUUGGAUGAAGAUGAUGGACCAGACAGUGAUGAUGAAGCUUAGCUUGCCAAGGGGUAGGAGAUCAGCAAGCAGGUGAUCUCCCAUUGGAAGUAGCUUUUCCAUCCUUGCCUCCUCCUUUAGUAAUUCGAGAAGACCUAAAUGACCUUCCUGUUGGUGUUCUUAACUCAUCCCAAAAUGAAGCUACACUUUGAGGCUAAUAGGCAAUACUCCCUUGCAAGAGAGCACUAAACCCCUUUGAACCCUGUUCAAAACAGGACAUUUCUCUUGAGAAGCAUUACAUGUGGAAAGUAUUGGCCUAUCUCUAAAGAUCUCAAAGGGAUUUCUCUUUUAGUAGGAUUAUAACUUGUGUCUAUGAAAUACCGCUGUGUUAUUUGUGAUCAGGACAGCCAAGAGAGAAUAUGAAUCAGCACAUUAAAAAGUUACUAGCUUCAAAGAACUAACUUCAGGAAAGAAAAAAAUGUGGCCACUAGUCAGUCACAAAAAGUUUUCUUACUACUGUUAUAUGUUGUUUACUUUAAUGAGAAGUUUUGUCAAGACAGUGGAAUCAAAAUGGUGCAGACUUAAAAUUUUUACCUGAAAAAUAAAUUUCUAAGAGUCCAUGAGGCUAAAAUCAAAAAGACAUUUGUGGGGCUUUCAAAUAAGGGAAGUGAUGAAAAGUGAACAUUUCAAAGAAGAGCUGAAUGAAGUUAAAGGAGCUCUGUGAAAUCCUUCUGAAAAGUGACCCAAGACUUUCUAGCAAAUAACUUAAGAAAUAAAACAACCAAGGAAUUUGGAUAGAGAAGAUGAACCUGAUUACUUAGAUUGUGAUGAUAGGGCCCAGCAUACAAGGUAGGAGACCUGCAAGGUACAUAUCCUUCUUUUGAAGUAGCCUUCCUGUCUGUUGUCAGUGACUUUUUAGAAGCUUAUGGAAUGGAAUGUUACUCAGGAGCUUUGGAUUCCUAUUUGCACGUCUUUCUGGAAAAUCUAGGUGUCAUCAGUGAGGAACACAGAAAUCUCUAUACUGGAAAGACAAUACCUGGGCAAGCAGAGUCCAAACAUGCUAACUGCUUUGGGGAGCUGAGGAAAAAUGUUACACAGCUGAAAUGUUGUUUUAAUUGUUUUUCUUUCUUUCUUUCUUUCUUUCUUUCUUUCUUUCUUUCUUUCUUUCUUUCUUUCUUUCUUUCUUUCUUUCUUUCUUUCUUUCUUUCUU